CCACAGUUUUCUUUCUUCCUCUUUCUUUUUUUCCUUUUCUCUUUACACACUUUGUCACCCUCUCAUACCGAAUUUAUUAUGCCUGUCGAAGGAUUCAAGCCAGAUCUAUCUAAAGCCGUCGGCCACGUUAGCUCCCCUGAUAUUGUGGCAUGCACUCGACGCGAUUUUCUAUUGUAUGCACUUUCGAUCGGCAUUCCAGAAGAAGAACUUCAAUGGCUGUACGAGUUGGACUUGGAUUUUGGUCCUUUCCCCACUUACCCAGUAUCAUUGCUUCUCAAGGACGCUGGCUGGGACGUCAAUUCAUUCGUCGAGCGCUGGCAAGCCGGCGGGUCGGUGCCUGGCAUGCCUUGGUACGAUCCAAACAAGAUCGUGCAUGGUGAGCAGACGGUUGAAGUGAUCAAUCCUUUCCCUGUCGAAGGUGGUCGUUUCCGCUCCACGAAAACUGUACGCGGCGUCUAUGAUAAAGGAUCGGGCAUGUUGCUUGACACUGUGGUGGAUCUCUAUGGUGAGACCGAUAAUGUACACUACUAUCGCUUGUCGCUCGGCAUGUUUGUUCGCGACUAUGGAGGUUGGGGUGGACCCAAGGGACCUACACCUGCAAGCUACGCUCCACCUAACCGACCAGCAGACGCAACUGACAUUUUCACCACCACUAAAAGCCAGGCCCUCAUCUUCCGUUUGAAUGGAGACUUUAACCCACUCCACGCUGACCCAAACAUUGCUCAGGCCGUCGGAUUCCCACGACCCAUUCUCCACGGUCUAUGCUCGUACGGCAAAGCUGCACAUUCCGUCUUGAAGAGCUUUGGUGACAAUGAUCGCCUUCGCUUCAAAUCGAUCCAUGCUCGUUUCGCUAAACCCGUCCUGCCAGGUGAAACUGUGACCAUAUCCAUGUGGAAGGUGCCUGGUCCUGAGCCAAAGACGGAUGGCGUAGUAUUUGUUGCCAAGGUUGGCGAGCGUGUCGUUCUCUCCAACGGUUUUGCUGUCUUGUACAAAGAGCCUCAAGAAUCCAAGCUGUAAAAGAAGCUGAUAUGCAAGAUAUAUACCACUGUCUAUUAUCUUUUAUGAUGCAAAAUUAAUAAGAAAAAGAGAAAAAGAAAAAAAAACAACAAGUUAAGCGAUA